CAGCUGGCCAUGCCAUUGAUAUUAUCGAUAGCGAUAGGUUAGAAUCCAAAACCCAAGCCAAACCAACCGAAAAUCAAAACAAUGGGCGAACCCAAGAUCCAAUCGCCCGUAGAGCGCGCCCCCAACGCCGAGACCGUGCUGCCCCUCAGCCGGGUGCGAACCAUCAUGAAGAGCUCCAUGGACACGGGGCUGAUCACCAACGAGGUGCUCUUCCUCAUGACCAAGUGCACGGAGCUCUUCGUGCGGCAUUUGGCGGGCGAGGCAUAUGUGGACGCAUUCCGGCAGAAAACCAACGAAACCCUGAAGUACGAGCACCUCUCGCAGCUGGUCAACAAGAGCAAGAACCUCGAGUUCCUGCUGCAGAUCGUGCCGGAGAAGAUCAGGGUGCACGAGUUCCAGGAGAUGCUGCGAUUGAAUCGCUCCGCCGGCAGCGACGACGACGACUCCGAAUCCGGUUCCGAGUCGGAUGAGUGAGUGGACGUACACAUGGCUGAUGCCCACCUAUAUCUUGGCUUUGGCCAGCGCACUAGAUAAGUUAACGAUUGUGUAUAACCUCUGAUUAACCAAGAAGCAUAUUGUGUCCUCCAAGUGACCACCAGAUCGUGGGAUGAUUACGGAGCGUCUGAUAAGCCCAUGAAUUGUACAUGCCUAGAUAAUUUCUAAUAAUUUCCACCACCUCUCAACUACAUUUGCCAAUUUUAACCAAUGCAUAAGCAUCUUAUCAAUUUUAAUAUUACCCAAGGUUUACCAGUUAAAAUACUUAAGUUACCAGAUAAAAGCAACUAUAUUUUAAGGCUCUCUUAGUUGUCUGCAAAAAUAGAUAUAAAACCUACAAAUCGUAUGAAAUGUGGAGUUUAAAACCUACUUUUAGUUUAACUUGCAUAUGAGAAAACAUGUCCUUAACCUAGAAAAAGUGUUAAGUUCGUUGCUCUAAAAAUGCGACAACAAUACAUUUCACUUACCUCAACUCUCAUUUAUUUAUUUUAACUCAAAACUCAUUUAACUUUGGCAAAUAAUUUGUAUUUUAACCCCCAACGAUCCUUAGUCGCAAGUGCUCUAUUUAUUAGUUGAAAUAUAUUUUUGUAAACUUUUUAUAAAAUAAUAAAAUAAAAUUUGGAUUUA